AAGAGUAAGACAAAGACAAGAAUAAGAAAAAGAAAGAAUCCUUAAUUUGAAAGCAUAUCCCAUUUAUAUAUACACAUUUCAAAUUGCAAUAAAAACCACUCAACUAAUCAUCACACAACCGAGCCGAACCAAACCAAACCAAACCCCCUCACUGUUCCUGUUUUCAUUUUAAACUUUCCGGUCACCGGAGAUGGAUCUCCGGCGAGUCUCUUUCUCCUUCAUCCUCGUCCUAUUCCUCCUUCUCUCUCCCCAUUCUGCCGCCGACGACACUCUCCGGCGGCGAAAACAGAAGAUUGCCGGCCCAAUCAAGACCGUCGUCGUCAUCGUCAUGGAGAAUCGCUCCUUUGACCAUGUCCUCGGGUGGCUCAAGUCGACCCGACCCGACAUCGACGGUCUCACGGGCUCCGAAUCGAACCGGAUCUCCGCCUCCGAUCCAUCUUCGCCGGAAAUCCGCGUCUCCGACGACGCACUCUUCAUCGACUCCGACCCAGGCCACUCCUUCCAAGCCAUAAGGGAACAAAUAUUCGGCUCCAAUGAUAGCUCCGCCAAGCCGGCUCCAAUGAACGGCUUCGCUCAACAAGCCGAGUCAAUGGUCAACGGCAUGUCCAAAACCGUCAUGAGCGGUUUUAGACCGGAGAUUCUACCGGUUUACACCAAAUUGGUUAACCACUUCGGUUUGUUCGAUAAAUGGUUCGCUUCGGUUCCAGCUUCGACCCAACCGAACCGGUUCUACGUUCACUCCGCCACUUCACACGGUGCUAUGAGCAACGUUCGCAAAGACCUCAUUCAGGGUUUUCCUCAAAAAACCAUUUUUGACUCUCUUAAUGAAAAUGGCCUUAAUUUUGGGAUAUAUUACCAAAAUAUCCCUGCCACGUUGUUCUUCAAGAGUCUUAGGAAGUUGAAGAAUUCUGUGAAGUUUCAUAACUAUAAGUUGAAGUUCAAGAAGCAUGCUAAGAAGGGUAAGCUUCCGAAUUAUGUGGUGGUGGAGCAGCGUUACUUUGAUGUUGACCUUUUUCCGGCGAAUGAUGACCACCCUUCGCAUGAUGUUGCUGUGGGGCAAAUGUUUGUGAAAGAGGUGUAUGAGAUUUUGAGGAAGAGUCCUCAGUGGAAGGAGAUGGCGAUUUUGAUUACUUAUGAUGAACAUGGUGGGUUUUAUGAUCAUGUGCCUACACCUGUUGAGGGUGUUCCUAACCCUGAUGGGAUCAUUGGGCCUCCCCCUUAUUACUUUAGGUUUGAUAGGUUGGGCGUUCGUGUGCCCACCAUUCUUAUCUCGCCUUGGAUUGAGAAGGGAACUGUGAUUCAUGAACCAGAUGGGCCAACACCAUAUUCUCAAUAUGAACAUUCAUCCAUUCCUGCUACAGUAAAGAAGCUUUUCAAUUUAAAAUCCAAUUUCUUGACAAAGAGAGAUGCAUGGGCUGGUACCUUUGAAAAAUACUUUAACAUUCGUGAUACCCCUCGGGAUGAUUGUCCAGAAACACUUCCUGAAAUCAAGACACUAAGGCCAUCUGGACCAAGAGAAGAUUCAAGUCUCUCAGAAUUCCAAAUAGAAUUGAUCCAGCUUGCAUCUCAACUCAAUGGUGACUAUGUACUAAACUCUUAUCCUAACAUUGGUAAAAGAAUGACAGUGGGAGAAGCAAACAAGUAUGCAGAAGAUGCAGUGAAGAGGUUCCUUGAAGCUGGCAGAGCUGCUCUUAAAGCUGGAGCUAAUGACUCAGCCAUUGUCACAAUGAGGCCUUCCCUCACUAGCAGAGUUGCUAUGGGAGAAAACCGCAAAAAUGUGGAAUCUUACUGAUUCUUUUACUAUACGAGUUGUAAAUAUGGCAUAUAUAUAUGUUUAGCAUAUUCCAUAUUAAAUUUAAGAAAGAAAUACAAGAGUUCUUAGUAAAAAUAAUUUCGGUUCAAGAACAAUUAAGACUUGAUUAAUCACCACUUGUUGGGGUUGAUUGUUCUUAAAUUGAAAUGAAUUUUACUAAGAAUUGUAUUUCUUAAAUUUAUACCACGUGCCCCAGAAAGGGUUAACAAAAAAAGAAAAUUCUAGAAAUAUUUAUAGUACUUCCUAGAUAUUUGGCUUUUGAAAGAAACAAUAUGUAUUAUGUGUACUGUUAUCUUGUAUGAUAAUGUUCUUAGUUAGGAAGAAAUGUACUGCUUUAUAUAUUUUUUAUGUCACCUUCUUUGUCUUUACUUAUUU